AUGUUUGAAUCCACCAGCAUCAACAUUCAGAUUGAACCAGACGAAUCCAGACCCCUUCUGGACUCCAAGUUCGACAGCCCACCAACACCACCAUCAUCAUCAUCAUCCGUGCCUUCUUCGAAGAAGUGGCUGUUCCUGAUUAUCAUCUCCGUUCUCGCUCUGACCGUUGAUCUUGGUUUCUACUUGACAGCCGCCCCUCAACUGGAGAUCUUCCAGGAUAUCAUCUGUAAAAACUACUACUCCAGAGUUGAUGGAUUCGAUGAAGACCGUUGCAAGUCCGAUGCGGUACAGAGCGAAUUGGCCUUGAUUGGCGGUUGGUUAGACACGUUUAAUACACUUCCUAGCGUUCUUUUAUCCAUUCCAUAUGGCGUUCUCGCAGAUCACUGGGGGCGCAAGCCAGUCAUGUUAAUCGGGAUGUUUGGCUUUCUGUUAGGAGAUGCGUGGACCAGGGUCGUCUGUUUUUGGCCCAAUCUCUUUCCACUACGACUAGUUUGGCUAUCUGGUUUAGGGAGAUUAAUCGGUGGUGGUGACCAGGUUCUGUCAUGCAUUGCUCUUGUGAUGCUUGCGGAUGUCGUUUCCGAGGAUGAAAGAGCAAAUGUGCUAUUCUACUUCAAUGCCAUGAUGAUUGCGUCGGAGGUCGUCGCCAUUCCCGUCAGCGCGUAUUUGAUGACCACCAAUCCAUGGGUUCCGUACAUACUCGGGUUUUUCAUAGAAGUCGCCGGGGAAUACUAA